AAUUUUUCGUCGACAAAUACAGUCCUUUCAGUCAUCUCACAACACUCAAAAGUCAAAAUCGUCCCCAAUUUCUCUUUGACUUACCUGUUAUAGAACUUGAAUCUAUAAACAGAGCGUGUAUCUAUCUUCAUAGUUAGGGAAAAGAAAACCACCCUACAUCCUCUAGUGAUGGAGCUAAAUUUUAGUAUGAUGAACACAGUGGUAUGUGUUGUUGGAGUGAUAGUGAUGAUAUACGGAUGGAGAUUUUUCAACUGGAUCUGGUUGAAGCCGAAGAAGAUGGACAAGUUCCUUAGAAAACAAGGUCUGAACGGAAAUCCCUACAAAUUUCUAUACGGAGACAUAAAAGAGAUGGUGCAGAUGACCGCUGUUGCCAAAUCGAAACCCAUAAAUCUCAACGAUGAUAUCGUCCCACGUGUCAUGCCAUUUCUGUACAACUCCGCGAAGACUUAUGGUGAAGGAAAGAAUUUCUUUACAUGGAUGGGUCCACGACCUUUGGUCCACGUCACAGAACCUGCACUAAUAAGAGAGAUUUUGGCCAACUAUUCUCAGUUUCAAAAGCAAAGAGGAGGAAAUCCAUUAACAAAGAUGCUAGCAAGAGGGCUAGCAGACGUUGAGGCUGAUCAGUGGGCAAAACAUAGAAAGAUAAUCAAUCCUGCUUUCCAUGUCGAAAAGCUCAAGCAUAUGUUACCUGCUUUUUACGUUAGCUGUAGUGAGAUGAUCAACAAAUUGGAAGAAUUAACAAAAGAAAGAUCGAGUGAAGUUGAUGUUUACCCCCAUCUCCAAACAUUUACUAGUGAUGUAAUAUCACGUACAGCAUUUGGUAGCAGCUAUCAGGAAGGAAGAAAAAUAUUUGAACUUCAAAAAGAACAAGCAGUGUUAGUUAUUAAGGCUGCACAAUCGAUGUAUAUUCCAGGAUCAAGAUUUUUGCCUACAAAGAGCAAUAGAAGGAUGAAGGAGAUUGACCGAGAAAUAAAGGGAUCAAUAAAGAAAAUUAUAAAUAAAAGAGUAACAGCAAUGAAAGCUGGGGAAAGUAGUAGCGAUGAUUUAUUGGGCAUAUUAUUGGAUUCGAACUACAAAGAGAUCAAACAACAAGGGGAUACAAUUUUUGGGCUGAGUAUUGAUGAAGUCAUUGAAGAGUGCAAACUCUUUUAUUUUGCAGGGCAAGAAACUACUGCAAACUUGCUUGUUUGGACAAUGAUUUUGUUAGGCCAACAUACAGAUUGGCAAGAUCGAGCUAGAGAUGAAGUUUUAAAGGUGUUCGGAGAAAGAAAACCAGAUAUUGACGGAUUAAGUCACUUAAAAGUUAUUAAUAUGAUAUUGCAUGAGGUACUUAGGUUAUACCCGGCAGGUAUAGUAUUGGGGCGGAUGAUUCAUGAAGAAACUACAUUAGGAAACAUAACCUUACCUGCUGGUUCACUCCUCUACUUGCACAUGAUGCUUUUACAUCAUGAUAGUGAUAUAUGGGGCGAUGACGUGCACGAGUUCAAGCCUGAGAGAUUUGCAGAAGGUGUGUCAAAGGCAACAAAGGGACAAACAUCAUACUUCCCUUUUGGUGGGGGUCCACGUAUAUGUAUCGGCCAAAACUUUGCUAUGUUGGAAGCAAAAUUGGCACUUGUUAUGAUUCUAAGAGGUUUCUCGUUUGAGCUUUCCCCAUCAUAUGUGCAUGCUCCACAUACUAUCAUCACUUUGCAACCUCAGUUUGGUGCUCAAUUGACUUUGCACAAACUUUAGUGGUUAUUGUAGAAAAAACGAGAUACAUAUAUACCACCGUUGGUUUAUAUAUAUGUCUACUAUAUUGAAUGCACAACAGAUGCAUUAUUCAUAGGAGCAUCUAGAAGCAGCUGAAUAGGUUAUCAAAAAUUUCUAUGAUUGUCGUCUAGAUUUUGUACGAGGAAAAUAUUGAUGCAUUCAAUAAUAUAUAGCACGAUCAAAAUCAUAAAAAUAAAGAGCUGAGGAUAAAAAUAAAGAGUCGAGGGCAGAAACAUCGUAUCAUGAUUUCAGAUGGCUCAAACCACUUAUUCUGCACCGUCGAGCAUUAUUAACUAUGAGACGAUAUCUAUUAGAACACUUUCUAUAUUAGCAACUAUAUAUAGACUUGAUAAAUGUUAACUUAAGUGAUGUAUUUCCCCUGUAGCCACAAUAACCGGUUUGUUCAUAAGCUCGACAUUGAUAAUAUGUUCCUACACAACGACCACAACGAGAAGUGUAUAUGAAGAUCCUUUAGGGAUUUGAUAAGGAGGAAGAUACAAAGGUGUGUAGGCUACAUAAAUCUCUCUAUACUCUAUAGUCUAAAACAAGCUUAUCGAAAUUGAUACCAUAUAUUUG